CUGCCGUCGACCCGUUCGUUGUUAGAAAACGCCGAGCAGCGCGAAAGAGUAGUAAAUUUAUCAAAAAUGCCGAGUCAAGAAGUAAUCACGACGAAAGUGGUGGUCCAUCCUCUGGUGCUACUGAGCGUCGUCGAUCAUUUUAAUCGUAUGGGAAAAAUCGGCUUUCAAAAACGCGUUGUUGGUGUUUUGUUAGGUUGUUGGCGAGGCAAGGGAGUUCUCGAUGUGUCAAACAGUUUUGCAGUUCCUUUCGACGAGGAUGACAACGACAAAUCCGUGUGGUUCCUCGACCAUGAUUACCUCGAAAACAUGUAUGGAAUGUUCAAAAAAGUUAAUGCCCGUGAAAAAGUUGUUGGAUGGUAUCACACUGGCCCCAAGUUGCAGCAGAACGACGUAGCGAUCAACGAAUUAAUAAGGCGAUACUGUCCGAAUUCCGUUCUCGUUAUCAUCGAUGCUGUACCCAAAGAUUUGGGUCUUCCAACCAAAGCUUAUCAAGCCAUCGAGGAGGUUCACGACGACGGAUCCCCAACGUCAAAAACAUUUGAACACAUCCCAAGUGAAAUUGGGGCGGAAGAAGCGGAGGAAGUCGGAGUGGAGCAUUUACUCAGAGACAUAAAAGACACGACAGUAGGAACGUUGAGUCAGCGAGUGACGAACCAGUUGCUGGGUUUGAAGGGCCUCCAUGCGCAGAUUCGUGAAAUAAAGAAUUACUUAUUGCAGGUCGGCAGUGGGAAAUUGCCGAUAAAUCAUCAGAUCGUAUACCAGCUCCAAGACAUUUUCAACCUCCUGCCCGACAUGAGUCAAAACACAUUUGUAGAUUCUUUGUACGUAAAAACGAACGACCAAAUGCUCGUAGUGUAUCUCGCAGCACUGGUGAGGUCGAUAAUAGCGUUGCACAAUUUGAUAAACAACAAACUGACGAAUCGGGACGCUGAAAAAAAGGAGACGGACAAGAAAGGAGCUGAUACGAAGAAGGACGAGAAGAAAGAGGAGGAAAACAAUAAAAAGGAGGAGAAAGACAAGCCGAAAAUAAAAUAAGAAGAAAGGAAAAUGAAACGUGGGCCAGCGUAAAGGGCGGAAGAAUAAAACGUAAGAAUUUAUCUAAUUUGAAUUUGUUCGGCCACACCAACAAUCAACGCUUAAUACUGAAGGAAAAACCGUCGAGAAAUGUACAAAGAAGAUUUUUUUCUUUCCCGACGCGUGCUCCUCUUCUAAUAACGUUGCAAAACUGCAGUUGCAGCGAACAAUUUUUCCCUCCUUAUUUACAGUAUACAAAUUUUUUUAAUAACAAUAAACAAGGAUUAAAUGAGAAUUUCAACAACGUUUAGGCAGUGUAUUUUAUAAGAGAAAAAUAAAGAAUAACGAUGCUUUUGUGUAAGUAACAAAAACUGGAAUACUAGAA